UAUGUUAUAGAAUUAUGUCCCGGACUAUCCGCCAUAGAUGAAUAUCGUCCUAAAAAUGCAGCGCGUGUUUGUGUACGGGACUUUGAAGAAAGGCCAGCCUAAUCAUCACCUUAUAUCUGGUGGGAUCGAGUCGGGGGAUUGCCGAGUGGAAGGUGUUGGAGUUACUGAGGCGAAAUAUCCUCUUAUUGUGACAACCCGGUACAAUGUGCCAUUUCUGUUGGAUGCACCUAAUGCGCGAAAUGCUAUGAACGUGGAGGGGGAGGUGUACAAUGUGAACGACAAAAUGAUGGAAAUAUUGGAUGACCUGGAAGCCCACCCCACCUUCUACACCCGCAGUCAGAUCCCAAUCAUAUUUCAAGAUAAAAGUGAGAAAAUGUGGUGCUACUUGAUGAAAAACUUUCGACAAGACGUCCUCCAGCUACCAAUGUAUUCCAAAUACGACUUUAAAACACACGGAACAUAUGUCGGCCGCGCGGAUCGACCACCGGGAAAGGAGGAGGCGAUGGCCUAUAGAGCUGAAAUCAAAGAGAACGUUAGUUAGAUUUAAUACAGACUGGGUGUAUUUAUAAACAAGCGUUUUUACAAACUUUAUUUUAUCCUAGAUGGGUGCUAUGUCCUGCACAUGAUCGUUAAAAAGGUUCAUAUCUAUAUAAAAUUUCCGCAAUUGCAUUGAUUUAAAAAAUUAAUGAGUGAUGCACAUUUAACAUACAAUAUACAGUCUACAGAAUAUUUGCAUGGUUUGAUUUUCGUAUACCAAAGAACUGACGUAUAUGCAUGCCAUCGACAGAAAACCACGCCAGUCUCACAUGAAGUCUAUGUUUAAAUAACGUGCAUGUACGGAACAUAUGGCUGAUAUUCUACAUACAAAUAUACGAUUUAUACACUUUUAAAUAUGAAAAUGAACCUGUUUAAUUACUGUUUGUUUUAUUCCAAAAAUAAAAUACAGAUCAAGCUAGAAACUGAAUCAAAUUAAAAUACAGAAACAACCUAGCUUCUUCAUCCGCAGCCAAAUCCCAAUUAUAUUCAAAGUCAAAUUGGUUUCCAUAGACGCAUGUACUUUAAUGGAACAUUCAAAUACUCGAGAGUCCCCCAUACUUCUUUUGGAA